AUGGAUGAUUUACAAAAAUCAAGAAUUAUUGAUUUAUUUAAUUUGAAAAAAGAAAAAGAUUUUAUUGACAAAAAAGAUCUAAUAAUAAUACUAAAAUCUUUAGGAUUUAAAAUAUAUAAUGAAAUUUUUGAAGAUAAAAAUUACUACAAUUUUGAUGAAUUAAAUGAUUAUGUUGUUAAAUUUCAAAGCAACUAUUAUGCAAAGAAAAAAAUUGAAAAAUGCAUUAAUUUUUUGAAUCCCCAUAAUAAUGUUAUAAAAAAAAGUGUUUUAAAAACUAUAUUAUGCGAAAAUGGAAAUAAAUUUAGUGAAAUAGAAUUUAAACAAUUUUUAAUUGAUGUUCCGGUUGAUAAAGAUGGGAAUAUAAACCAUUCUGACUUAGUUGAAAUGUGA